AGUUGCGCGUCGUACGUUGAACCAGUCGGUCCAUGUCUAGCCGGUCCCAGAAAACCGCCCUUAGACAGCUUUUCCUCUUAACUUACUCGAUUCUAGAACUGGAAAAUCUUACUAAAAAAAUACAUCGUUUGGUCACUGAAAUCACGUCAUCUAUUUCUCUUAUCUGAUUACAUGCAUCAUUAACAAAAACGUUACCGUGAUUGAAUAUCCGACAUAUCUCUAAAAGAUUAUUCGCUCUUCUAUAAACUCAAAUCACAAUCAGAUUUGUAAUAAAUGUGAGUAAAUUGAGUACUAAUUUUAUCAGUGUUAUUCAACUAAGUAUGGACGAAUCAAUGAGAGUUACUUCUUAAAAAGCUUCUGAUACUGACACUACAAACUACAAACUACAAUAAUUGAAAGAUACUGUUUCAUCUAAUCAGUUGCAUAUUAUUCUAGACAAUCAUAUUCUAGUUUGAGAAUGACAGAAUAUGUGAGAGGUCACUGAAGUCUAACGUGUUAAACUCUAAACUGUUCUAAGUGUUGUGCGCUGAGUGAUAAAAGACUUCCUCAUUUCGUAGGGAACAAUCGCUCCAAUAAACUUGUGACUACAAAAACAUCAGAGUACAAGGUACUUUGUUCCCAAGGACACUCCAUAAGGAGAGCGGACCUGAUCAAAGACUCUUAUUCUCUCCCCUGAUGUACUCUCAAAAAUAGAAUCCGUAAUGGAGUUGGAGCAGCUUUACAAGCGAUACUGUGUCAGACUGAAACACUCGCUGUAUGUCGCCUGCCUUGUUGUCGCCACAAUAACCUGCGCUUUUGUGUUACUGGCACUCUGCAUAUUUUCCAAGAAUAUCUGGGAGCGAGUGGAAGCAGUCCUGGUGUUGGCAUGUAUGACCAUAUGCCUGGGAACAGUGCUAGGUGUGAGCCAAUGUCUACAGGGGGAGUACGCCUCCCUGGCUGGGGCCACAGUGUCAGCCAUAGCCCUCGGGGGCGGGUCCCUCGUGCUGGGGGGGCCAGCCGUGCCCCUGCCACUGUUUGCCCUCUUGGUGGCAAUUCACACUAUGCUUCCGGUUUCGAGGUUCGUCUCCUGCUCGCUGUGUGCUGUCAUGAGUGGCGCUCAUUUUGUGCUGGCUGUCUUCUACAGGAGACAUAUCGUCGACCAUAACUUCUAUUCGCAGCUCGGUGCAGACCUUUGCGUGCUUCUAGCAGCAAACACAGCUGGCUUCUACUACCGUCUGAUGACUGAGGCAGCUCACCAGCAGACCUUUGUGGGCACGAGGACUUGCAUCGAGUCCCGCGUCAAACUGGAGUGUGAGAAAGAACAACAGGAACAGCUGCUUCUCAGUGUUAUUCCUGCCUACAUUGCUGCCGAGGUGAAAAGAAGUAUAAUGCUGAAGAUGGCUGACGCUUGCCAAGAUAUGUCAAACAAACAGACUCGCUUCCAUGAAAUGUAUGUUCAGAGACACAACAACGUAAGCAUACUUUAUGCUGACAUCGUCAACUUCACACCACUCUCUGAACAGCUCAGCGCUUCCGAUUUGGUGAAAACUUUGAACGAACUUUUCGGCAGAUUCGAUCAGAUUGCACAGGAAAAUCAAUGCAUGAGGAUCAAGAUUCUCGGAGACUGCUACUACUGCGUGUCAGGUCUUCCAGUUUCCAGGCCGAACCAUGCCUACAACUGCGUCAACAUGGGUCUGCAAAUGAUCGAGGCUAUCAGAUUUGUGAGGGAAGCAACUGGCUUCAAUGUGGACAUGAGGAUUGGCAUUCACACGGGCAACGUUCUGUGUGGAGUGCUGGGCUUGAGAAAAUGGCAGUUUGAUGUGUGGAGCGAUGACGUCACACUGGCAAAUCACAUGGAGUCUGGAGGAGUACCUGGGCGAGUUCAUAUAACAAAAGCCACCCUGCUUCAGCUGAAUGAUCGAUUCCAAGUGGAGAAAGGAGACGGCCACAAGAGAGAAGGAUACCUGGCUGAUCACAAAGUUGAAACCUACCUUAUAAUUCCACCAUCAAAAACAAGAGAAGAAGACAAGAUGAAGUCGGUUGAAGAGAAUGGGAAGGAUUACUUGGCGGGUCUAGUUCCGGAAUCAUGUGUGAACAGGAAUCGAUCUCCAAGCAAGAUGACAAAAUAUGUGGAGUGCUGGGGAGCUGAUAAGCCAUUCGCCAAUAUAGCUGAGACAACUCUUGCUAAGAAUAUUGGUCUAACAAGCAUUGCGAUGAUUGAAACCAAUCUAAUACCAAGCAAAUCCACCUGCUUGGAAUGCAAAAAAUGGUUCCAAAGUGAGGACUUGAAUCCGCUGGCGCUGUGGUUCAGGGAGAAAUCACAGGAGGCAGACUACCGAUCGCAGACCGACUCGCAGUUCAAGUACUACAUCGUAUGUGCAACUAUACUGUUUCUCACCAUGUGGUUGAUACAAGUGCUCACUGUUGAAAGUGGGAUAGUGCUGUAUGGAGCUUACUUCUCGACGCUGGCUGCUCUGAUAGUGUUUGUGUAUCUGAGUGCGAUGGAUGGAUGGUACGGACCUUCUAGCUCUCUCACUCAUGACGAGCCGGUCGGAUUUGUGCUCAGUGAUAGUCGGUGGUUGAGGCUCUCUGUCUUCCUUGUUGCUGUCUCUCUCAUUUCGGGCUGUGCGGUCAUCACUCUUUUGAGCCUGAAGAACCAGUUGAAGUGCCGGGGUCUGGAGAUGACAAACGUAGCUGAACUCAUAGCCGUGGCAAAUUUGUCAUUUACACAGGAUUUAACUGAAAAUACAAUAGGCGUAACAUCAGUCCCGAACUAUUUGUACAGCUCAGCGAUUGUGUUGGCAGCCAUAUCAGUGUUUCUUAGGGUUGGAUUCAUUCUGAAACUGUGCCUGAUGGUUAUUUCUGCAUCAUUGCAUUUAGCUCUCUAUAGUUCGCAUCCACUGUUCAAACACUAUUAUCUAAUACAUCCAGACAGUUUAUCUGAUAUUCCAUGGCAACUGAAAAUGUGGAUACCAAUCGUUGUUGUUCUGAUACUCUUCCACGUUCUCGAUCGCCAAAUCGAAUUCACAUCUCGAACCGACUUCCUAUGGAAAGCCAAACUGAAAGUGGAACAGGAAGAGGUGGAAACUAUGAGAGGAAUCAAUAAAAUACUCCUAGAAAAUAUCCUACCUGCUCAUGUAGCGCAACACUUCCUAGCAACUAGAGCAACUCAGGAGCUGUAUCAUGAGAGGUACAAUUGCAUAGCUGUGAUGUUUGCUUCGAUACCCAACUACAAAGAGUUCUAUGACGAGAAUGAUGUCAAUAAACAGGGCCUUGAAUGUUUGAGGCUUUUAAAUGAGAUCAUUUGCGAUUUUGACAAGCUACUGUUGAAGCCGAAAUUUAGUAGUAUAGAGAAAAUAAAAACAAUUGGAAGUACGUAUAUGUUGGCUUCCGGAUUGAGGCCUGGCAAGGAGGGAGGACAACCGAACUCCAGCAAACAACAGGAGCACGAUAUCGUGGUUUUAGUUGAGUUUGCAGUUGCGCUUAUGACAAUACUAGAUCAAAUAAAUAGGGAUUCUUUCCAACGCUUCAAGCUCAGGAUGGGAUUGAACCAUGGACCAGUAAUAGCAGGAGUAGUUGGUGCCCAAAAACCGCAAUACGACAUUUGGGGCAACACAGUCAAUGUUGCAAGCAGAAUGGACAGUUGUGGAAUCAUGGGACGAUUGCAGGAUGUAGAGCUUCAGAACUCCAGCAAACAACAGGAGCACGAUAUUGUGGUUUUAGUUGAGUUUGCAGUUGCGCUUAUGACAAUACUAGAUCAAAUAAAUAGGGAUUCUUUCCAACGCUUCAAGCUCAGGAUGGGAUUGAACCAUGGACCAGUAAUAGCAGGAGUAGUUGGUGCCCAAAAACCGCAAUACGACAUUUGGGGCAACACAGUCAAUGUUGCAAGCAGAAUGGACAGUUGUGGAAUCAUGGGACGAUUACAGGUGACAGAAGACACUGCGAAGAUCCUUAUGGGUGCGGGAUAUGAAUGUGAAUGCAGAGGACCGACCUACGUCAAAGGCAAAGGAACUCUAACAACCUACUUUGUCAAAACUCCUUUCGAUGAUAAAUAAGACAAUCAAGAUUAUAAUUCAUUCAUCUUGAUGAUAAAUUAUCAAGGAGGGACCGGAAAUCAACUCUCAUUAAAACUAGUGCCCCAGUACAAUACAGUGCUUCUGUCAAAAGACUGAUGAGAAUUACCUCUAGAAUAGUUAGUUUGUAAACUUCCUAAAUGAGAUCCCAAAGACGAUUCAAAAAGGUGUGCCAUGAUGAUUGUGAUUAUUGUCAAAUAUAAAGAGGAAUAUUAUUGUAAAUCAAUGUUAUUUUUCUUUGUAUCAUCGUAUUUCUAAUUAUUAACGUCAUUUUUAUUGAAACCAACAGUUAGAGCGAACAAUAAGUAUGUCUGUGCUCAGAAAUGAUCAAGAUAUCCAUAGUCAUUAGAAGUUUAUAUUUUUGCAUAAAUGUAAAUACAGUAAAUACAAUAUUACUAAUUAAUUCCAAGAUAUUGUGAUCAUCUCACUUGAAUCUUUUAAGAAUAAAUAGCAAUGCAUAUUUCUCCAAUUUUUUUCUCGUAAUUCAUUCAUCUCUGCUUAUCGAUUUCAUUCAUUGUUUAUAUGAUUCCCCAUUAUCAUAUUCAUAGAUAUUUUGAAUCCAUGGUAAAGCUUAAUGGAGGCAACUUCUAUACUUAAUUAUGUCCAGAAAAAUUAAUUUACUUGAGAUAAAAAAAAUGAUUUCUCAUUUUUCAUUCUCUGUCUUCCUGUUCCAUUAAAAUGUAUAAAACAUAACAGGAUGCAAUUUUUUAUAUAUAGAACAAACAUACAAUACAAAAUGAUGCAAAUUCUUUAAAACAUAAGAGGUUACAAUUUGUUAUUGAAAAGUAUUAUUCAAUUUUCGUUGCAGAGAACUAUUUCUUUGUAAUUAUUGUUAAUUUUGUUGUCGAUUCUGAAAAGAAACUAAAUUAUGUGAUCCAAGAAAAAUACAAAACUCACGAUAUUCAUGAUGCAACAAAUUUAAAAUUCAUGUUGCAAACAAACAAACACGUAAACCUGUGCAUGAAGAAAUAUUAUCAUUAUGAAAAAGAGCUUUGCAAACUUUAUUCGAGUAUCCAGUACUGGCUAUAAUGUCCUGGUAAAGUACUGGCCAGUACUGCUUUUUCAAUAAAAAAUAUAUUUAUUACGUCAAAUCUAAACAUCUAACGAUGUUGAUCCACUAAAAAUUUAUCAAUCAUGGAUCUUGAGUUACUACUUAUCUGAAUGAGAAUAAUUAGCUUGAUAGAUUAGUUCUGGAAAAGUUGGAUAUCAGACCUUUUUUAUAACGUUUUGUAUAAAUUGUUUGUAUACUGAAAUUGUACAGUGUUGAUGGAAGAUUGUAGAUGAGGAAAAUGAAGUUUGUUCAAGCUAUAUAUGAAUAUAUGAUUUUUAAAAUAAACUCAUGAAAUACA